AGGCAGGAGCCGCGUAUAAAAGCAACAAGCAGCCGACGGCAUUUCAUCAACCCGGCCCCCAAACAGGGCUGUGCCGCCGCCCGCGGGUCUCGGAUCGGCCCCCACCCCAGACGCAGCCGCCACCUGCCGCGCUCCCUCGCUGGCGCCCUGCCGGGGAAGGUGGCGAGCCCAGAGAAGGAGCAACAGAUCCCCCUGCCCCAGCCCCGGGAAGCCAGCGCCUGCUGGGUGAUGCAAGAGGAUACUCUGGGUGUGAGGAAGCUGCAGUUGCCACAGGCCAGCCCAGCGCCCCCCGGAUCGCCUCCUUCCCUCCCUCCCUCCCGCCGAGCCAAAAAGUGACCGUGAGUUGGCAGCGAGCGAGGAACAAGCGGCUCCUGGAUCCCACCCAUCCACGCGAGCGAGCUCGUCUCGGGGCUGAAAAAAAACCAACCAAAAAAACAAAAAAACCCAACCCCCAGCCUCGGAGACAGAGGCAGACAGAGCCCGGGCGAGGCUCCUGGUCCUAGCAAGUGUGUUUACAUCCCCUCCGCCUGCAACUGACCCAGAUCCCAGAGACUCCCAAGCCAACCCUCGGCUCUCUUCUCUCCCCGAAGCGCGCCUGGAAGGGGAAUCCAGCCGAGCUGGGGGGACGGCGUGUUUCCCCCCCCCAGCCUCAAGCCAGGAUCCCGGUGCACCCGGUGCUGCCUGCUGGGGAGCGGAUUCUAUGGAGUGUCUGACAGCAGAUGAAGGGGGAAUAGAAGAAACCAAAGCCAGCCGUUCUUGUUGGUCCUUAAGCCUGUCUUGGAGGGGAGUAUAAACACAGGGAACCAACUCCUCUAAAUAUAGCCAGGAUCAGGUAUCUACUCCUCUUGUGUAUGAGAGAGAGAGAGAUCUUCCUGGAGCAUCGCUCUGAAUCACUUUCCUUCCUGCUCUUCCAAACUUUCAGAUCGAUCUUAAAGCAGAGCAAAGCUCUCCCAUCUUUUCCCAAAGACUCUGGUUUUUGGAUUGAUUGAUUUUUGCCAUCGCCAGCAGAGAGAGGAAGACAGACACUUGCUGCGGCUGUUGAAAUCUCUCUGUCUCUCUCUUACUCAGAUUUAUUUUUGUGGCUUUCCCAACAGCCACAUCUAUUUGCUCCCCGAAUCAAAGUGCCUUUUGACGCUACUUUCCAGCUUGCAGCCCGGUGGCACGAGCUUCUGUCACUGUUCUUCUCUUCCCGGUGGGGAUUUCCUCGUUGCGGCUUCCUGGUGUUUGGAGCAAGGGCACCAGGCCUUCGUAUUGACCCCUUCCUUCUCUCCAAAGCAGCCACCUGCGCCCAGUCUCCUCCUCCAGAGAGAGAUCCAUGAGGCAGCCAAAGGGCAGAGCUGUCUGAGGUUGGGGAAAGAGAAAGCUGAGCUCCCCCCCCCCACAAUUGCCCUUCCGUCCCAGCUCCUUGCUCAAGGAAGGGUGUUUAGAGGGCAUUUCCCAUCCACCUAAAUCUAUGAUCAGCUCGGUGUGUGUCUCAUCGUACCGUGGACGCAAGUCUGGGAACAAACCACCCUCCAAAACAUGCCUGAAGGAAGAGAUGGCCAAAGGGGAAGAGUCGGACAAGAUCACUAUCAAUGUAGGGGGCACCAGGCAUGAGACCUACAAGAGCACCUUGCGGACGUUGCCCGGCACCCGCCUGGCUUGGCUGGCCGACCCCGAUGCCCAGAGCAACUUCGACUUCGACGGCAAGAGCAAUGAGUUCUUCUUCGACCGCCACCCGGGCAUCUUCUCCUAUGUGCUCAACUACUACCGCACGGGCAAGCUGCACUGCCCUGCUGACAUCUGCGGGCCCCUCUUCGAGGAGGAGCUGACCUACUGGGGCAUCGAUGAGACCGACGUGGAGCCCUGCUGCUGGAUGACCUACCGGCAGCACCGCGACGCCGAGGAGGCGCUGGACAUCUUCGAGAGCCCCGAGCCCGGGGCAGGAGGAGAGGAGGCCGAGGAGGAAGGGGGCAGGGAGAUGGCCCUCCAGCGCUUGGGCAUGGACGACCGGUCGCCGGGGGCUGCUGGGGCCACAGGAGGGCGUGGAUGCUGCCGCAACUGGCAGCCUAGGAUGUGGGCGCUCUUUGAGGAUCCCUACUCGUCCAGGGCAGCAAGGAUAGUUGCCUUCUCCUCGCUCUUCUUCAUCCUGGUCUCCAUCACGACAUUCUGCUUGGAGACACAUGAGGCCUUUAAUAGAAAUGUCAACGUGACUGAGACGAUGGUGGUUGGCAACACCACAAAGGUUCUGCUGACGAAUAAGGUGGAGACAGAGCCCGUACUCACCUACAUCGAGGGGGUGUGCGUCCUGUGGUUCACGCUGGAGUUCCUGGUGCGCAUCAUUUGCUGCCCAGAUAAGCUGCUCUUCAUCAAGAACCUGCUCAACAUCAUUGACUUUGUGGCUAUCUUGCCCUUCUACCUGGAGGUAGGCCUCAGUGGCCUGUCCUCCAAGGCUGCCCGGGACGUGCUGGGCUUCCUGAGGGUGGUCCGUUUCGUCCGGAUCCUCCGGAUCUUCAAGCUGACACGGCACUUUGUGGGGCUCCGGGUGCUAGGCCACACGCUCCGGGCCAGCACCAAUGAGUUCUUGCUCCUCAUCAUCUUCCUGGCCUUGGGGGUCUUGAUCUUUGCUACAAUGAUAUACUAUGCCGAGCGGAUUGGGGCCAAGCCAUCUGACCCCAGCGGCAGCGGCCACACUCACUUUAAGAACAUCCCCAUUGGGUUCUGGUGGGCGGUGGUCACCAUGACAACAUUGGGCUAUGGUGACAUGUACCCCAAGACCUGGUCGGGCAUGCUGGUGGGGGCUCUGUGUGCCCUGGCCGGGGUACUCACCAUCGCCAUGCCGGUGCCUGUCAUCGUCAACAACUUUGGCAUGUACUACUCACUAGCUAUGGCCAAGCAGAAGCUCCCAAAGAAGAAGAAAAAGCAUAUACCCCGUCCAGCCCCACUGGACUCCCCCACAUACUGCAAGUCCGAGGACAACUCGCCCCGCAACAGCACGCAGAGCGACACCUGCCCCCUGGCGGCGGAGGAGGUGGUGGUGGAGAGAAAGCGAUCAGACUCCAAGCAGAACGGCGAUGCCAACACUGUGCUGUCAGACGAGGAGCAGCCCCUCUCGUCCUCGCAUGAGGAGAAACGGCCGAUGAGGCGCUCCAGCACCAGGGACAAAACCAAGAAAGCGGCCACCUGCUUUCUGCUGAAUGCCGGCGAUUUCCCCUGCGCGGCUGACAGCAGCAUCCGGAAAGGUACAGGACUGUCGAAUCCCCUGUGACUCCCUUGGAAGCUGGGAUUUGCUCAGACCAUUUGCCGGGUCUAAAUGUACCCAGGACGGGCAGGCGAGGGAAGAGGGGGACGAGACCGGAUUCCCCCGCCGCGCUGUAACCUUGCUUGUUGUGCAUGUGUUGUACGACCAUCUGUCUGACGUAUACCAUGGUCCCCGCCCUGCCCCCACUGACGAUGCCAUUCACGACUCCCGUGCUGUCCGUUCCGAUGCACCCUCUCGCUCCCCUCCACUUGUUGACUGACCCGUUGGCUGGCGUGAUUGCUGUAGUAACUUAGACGGCGCCCAGAUCUCGCCGCAGACGACCAUCGCGGGGCGUCAGCAGCUCAUCACGGGCGCCCUGUCGCAGGCACCAUCUGUGCUCUCACCGUGUCCAUCCGCCGAGCGGUAGCUGUGGACUAUUAUUUUUAGACUCUGUGACGUUUGCUCCGGCCUUCUCCAAUGUACAGAUUCCUUCUCUAGAAGAGGCAGCUCCUGGGAUUGGUUUGGGACCCAUUGGACGAUGGCUCCGGAGGUGCAUGGGGGUGGGGGGAAGAAGCCUCCAAGAAGUCCAAGUUGCAAUACUCGAGCAGCCAAUGACUGAGUGCAAUAGCAGAGACCAGGUGGACCGGCUGGCCUGAUAUGGCCAGCUUCUUUCUAAUGCUGUUACAUAUCUCCGUGACCAAGGCAAUACUAAUCCCAUUACCUUAUAUGCUGUACACAUGCCUCUUCCUGUCAAGCAGUACUAGAGUUCUAAUAAAGAGAUCUGGGAGCUGAAAUUUG